ACGCCACGCCGAGUGAAGUUUUGUUUGGUGUAUUUGUGAUUACUGAUUUUAUGGAUUUUGAUGGACACUAGUUGUUGGGACUCUUGCAUGUAAAACAUUGAAGACCAGAACGGUGAGCAAUAAAUAAUCCAUAAAAAAUAGAAGAAGACGUCGGAUGUUUUUUAUUUCACAAGACACAACGAAGCGGUGCACGGCUAGCGCGUCAAUUAUGUUUAGCCCGUCCAUGCAGCCCCUCAGUGGCUUUAAGUUUUAGGCUUAGCCGCUAUAUUCAAGUCAAAAAACUGUGCUAAAGGACGCUGGAAGAGCUUCAUCACAGCGGCGAUAUAUGUCGGCAGUUGCUGCAGUUUCAGCCGAGUGGACGCUGGAAACGGACAUUUAUUCGCCGGAGUUCAGCUGCAACAUCCAGGCAGUGCUAUCGGCUACAGGACGCCACGGAUGGCUUUCAGCUUGGCGGUGUACAGCACGUUUUAUCCAUCGGAUCAAGACUCCUUCCACCAGUGUGAGGACACCGGGUGCUGCUCUGCAAACGCCGGUGGAGGACACGUUCACCGGGAUCACCAUGGCGCCCAGCGUGAGUUGAUGUUGGCCUCUCUGUCCACGAUGAUGUCGCAUGGCUUCAAGAGCAGUAAGCAGGACUUCACCUUUGGACCAUGGAAAGUGACUGCUGCCAGAAACCACAUCAUGAAAUCCAAAGACAUUGAACGGUUAGCCGAGGAGAUGAACAUGCCCUCUCUCCCAGAGAUGCUGUUUGGGGACAACCUCCUGCGCAUCCAACACACAGAUGGUUACGGCAUCGAAUUCAACGCCUUUGAUGCCCUUAAGAGAGUCAAUAACAUGGAGGAUGCUGUCAAGGUGGCCUGUGCUCAGGAGUGGCAGGAGAGCAGAGCUGAUUCUGAACACUCCAAAGAGGUGGUGAGACCCUAUGACUGGACAUAUACCACAGACUACAGAGGCACUCUCAUAGGAGAAAGUAUGCAAAUGAAGGAGACAAAGACAUCGGAACGUAUCGACAUGGAGAAGCUGAAGGCUAGAGAACAGAUCAUGUUCUUUGAUGAGGUGCUGUUGUUCGAGGACGAGCUGCAUGACCACGGUGUCUCAAUGAUCAGCGUCAAAAUAAGGGUGAUGCCCACCAGUUUCUUCCUGUUGAUGCGUUUCUUCCUACGAGUGGAUGGAGUGCUGAUUAGAAUAAAUGACACACGUCUGUAUCAUGAGGCUGGAAAGAAUUACAUGCUGCGAGAGUUCAGCACAAGGGAAAGCAAGAUAGCAGAACUAAAGAAUGUUCCUGCUGCACUCUACACUGAUCCUAAUGAGAUUGCCCAGCACUUAACCCUGAAGCUGACAGAGUGUGAGAAGCUGGAGCUUCCUGAGAUGCAGCCUCAGACAGCUGUUAACGACGACCUUCAGUGAUGGAUAGACUCACAAGUCCUCAUUGAUGUCUUGCAUGAUGAAAAUGGGAAUAGUAGUCCUAAACCACAUCCUUAAUCUUACAGUAACAUAACAACCAUUGAUCUCGCCUUCAAAUAUCUGCACAGGAAUCAUUUUUAUAUGUGACCACAAUGAUGGUGUGUUCACAAAACUCUCCAACCUGACUGUACACAGUUUCAGUAUGUUCUCAGUGCAGUUUGGUGCGCUGUGGUAUCAUCGAAACUUUAACCCCAGUGAAAUACUUUGGUCUAGCUACGGUUUCUGAUCAUAUUCGAACUGAUUUUGUUUUGUGAGAUUUUUUUUGCACUGUUCAAUGGACUGGCCUUUUUACAUGAAAGGUUUGAUAGGGUAGCUGUUUUCAUGCUUGUAAUAUUAGAAUAUCAUUAAUGUGUUUGUAAAAAAAAAAAGCUUCACAAAACAGCACUGUAUUUUCUGAAGUCAUCAAGAAUUUCUGUAAAUAUGUCUACUCUAUUUUCUACGGUGACUUGUGGUA